AAAAAACCACUCUAGCAAUACGCACCAAACAGAGCAUGUGUAGACUUGCCACUGCUUUUCUAAGUAUGGUAGAUGGAUUGUUGACAGCGAAAGAAGCAGAGAAUCAGAGAAGACAGGAUCAAACGGCCUUUUUACACAAUGCAGAGGAUUAACCCCUUAGGUUCCACAGUGAAUAUAACAAACAUGCUUUACUGCCAGGGGCGGACUGACAACUCAUGGGGCCCCGGGCAAUAGGGGAUCAUGGGGCCCCUGUGUCCUUGCCAAACUCAAAAAAGCCUAU